AUGCCUGGCUUGAUAAGGCGACUUAUAACUCCUCAACGGUCACUACCCAAUAUCCGAGAUCGGGAUCGUGGUCGCGAUCGCCAUGAAGACCUCACAGAUUCAUGCGAGGACUUGAGUUCUUGUUGCGCCAAGAAGUCUUCACAAAGAAAGUCCAACAAGGCCAAGUCACGUCUUCCAGUUCCAAAGAAAGGUGCAACACCUGUUACUAUUCAAAGGAUACCUGACGUACACCGUGUUGCGAACGCAGCUCCCCCUCUACCAACUCCUCGUUUACGCGCACCAUCGAUCAGCUCUUCGCGCUGUGAGGGGCGAAACGCUGCCCUUGAGGCUCUCACAGGUAAUGAUCCCACCAACAGAUGGCCUGCACCUGUUCUUUGUCCAAGUGAGCACGGACAAGCCCACCCACAUUCCUACCAUCACUCCCAUUCCUCCCAAUCAUCUCGGUACCUGCGCCCCCCUCGCUCCAGGAAUGGUCCUCUCGGCCCUGUCCAUGUAAACGACAAUAGCACACACCUAGCAAGAACCUCGCCAAAGACGUCGAUUCUUUCUUUGUCGGACCAUGGCGCUGAUGGUUACGAGGCCGGGCCAACCACCUGGCAGCCUGCCCAGCCCAUGUACGACGGUCAAAGCCUUGGCUCGUCAUCAGACAGCGUUGACCGUCUAUUUCGUGAGACUGAUGAAGCGUUCAAAGCUCUUGGAUCUGCACUUAGAGAAACCCAACGUGCAUCACAGCUAUCCGUUUUACCUUCACCACCCUCACCACCAGGAAUUCCAAAUUUUCACAAACAUUCCAAAUCCAUGCCGCUGCCCACUGGCUUUCAAAAACAUUCGAGAUGGAGAAGGGAGGAUUCGCCUUCGGCUUCAUCUCAAAGAUCAUCUCCAGACAGAAGAACAUCAGUGGUGAAGAAACCUCAAAGGAAAAAGCAUAGUCUAGUAGGGACUUCAUUUUCGAAAGCGGCGAUCCGUACGCCAAGAUGGACUUUGUCGGAGAAUGUGACGGACAUUCUCACAGGCCAACGUUUCAGACGCAUCGAAGCUGAUGAGAUGUUAACACCGGAUCGCAUCGAAGCACUGCGCAAGAAACGAGAGGCUGCCCAGCAAUUGGACGACGAGCGCACUACCACUAGGGAACGGUACUCUAUCGACUCCGUUCGCAGUGCAGAAUCAGAUAACUCCGAGACAGACGUUGAGCCAUUCCAUCUGGACGAAUUGGCAUCUCGAAUUAGAGCGAGACAGGCUUUGGAGAAUCCGGCGGUUUCGGUCGAAGUAACGCCUCCUGCCCCAGAAUUGACUCCUGAUCUGAAUAUUGUUUCCCGAGACGUUUCGAAACAGGCCUCAGGGGAGGGGGAAGAUGAGUCAAUUGCGAGUACCAAAGAUAAAAGUGACGCUUCGCCAGAGGCCUCACCCCAAGUGCCGGUCAAGAAUCCUGCACGUUUCGGUGCAGAGGCUUCACAAAAGCUACCAUCGAUUCCCGAAGUCAUGGUGGCGGCGACAGCGAAAGACGAGGCAAACAUUGAGCCUCCGGCCAGCUCACCGGCCACUGAAGCCACUAAUAUGAAGAUGGAAGAGAACGAUGAGUACUUCUACCUCAAGAGUACGCCUUAUACUCUCACAAAACCAUCUUUCCGUCAUGGGCCUAUCACAUUAGCUAAAGCUGAAGUUGGCAAAGGAGUCAAGACCAUGGACGACACAUUAGACUGGACAGCGUUCCAGAUGGCGAUCUUGGGAGGAGCCGGAGAUUUCCUUCAAGACAUGUCGAGCGAGGAGGACACAAAGCAGGUGGAGGAAAUCACGUCGUGGUUCGAUACGUUUGGCUUUGAGACAUAUGGGGUGCUGAUACCCGAAGACGUGCCAGAGCCAGAACCCGUGGCUGUCUCUGUGUCUGAGCAUACGCCGUCAAUGAGGUCUUCGGGUCACAGCACUCUCUCGUCGACGCCAUCAACCAUCGACACGGACAUUGACCUGCCGAUCCCGGUGGGUGCAGAGUUCCCCUCCGGGUUCUGGAACGCCCCGGCGCCCGGCCAGACUCUCGACAAAGCUAAGUUCUAUAACAGCACAGGGCUAAAACGAUGGGUUGGCGAAGGACGGCCCAAACGCCCUUCGUCGCACAGCUCGGAAGACAGCCUACCACCGAGCCCGAUGAUGCCUCUCGUGGUUCAUAUGGGCGCUGGCGAAGCCGAUAUUCCGGAUACGGUACCGAUGGGUUAUAACCUAGGGCACGACCUGCCGGACUUUCUGAAGUGGGAGGCGGAAAACGUGUAUGCGUCUGAGUUCAAAGACGUCGCUUCUUACGAGGACCGCCGUGCUCGUGAAGCCCUCGUCGCAGCACAACAAGCGCGAAGAGCCGCUGCUGUGGCGGCUGCUCAGCAGAGUCAGGCUGAUAUGGAGGGCGUCCAUCAGGUGCUGCAGGAGAGGGAGAGGGAUGACGAUGUCAGAAGGGUGAGGGAUGAGAGGAUCGGUGUUUCGAGGAGAAGAUGA